AACGCGAGCCGUGUCGGGCUGAAGCGAGCUGAAGCGAGCUGAAGUGAGCUGAAAAAGGGUAGUGGAAAAGGGCCAUAUCACUCCAGUGUUCUAAUGGUACAAUGUGUUUGCUCAUUGCCUCAGAAGGCUAAUGGAUGAUUAGAAAACCCUUGUACAAUCAUGUUAGCACAGCUGAAAACAGUUGAGCUCUUUAGAGAAGCUAUAAAACUGACCUUCCUUUGAGCAGAUUGAGUUUCUGGAGCAUCACAUUUGUGGGGUCGAUUAAAUGCUCAAAAUGGCCAGAAAACUGUCUUGACUAUAUUUUCUAUUCAUUUUACAACUUAUGGUGGUAAAUAAAAGUGUGACUUUUCAUGGAAAACACUAAAUUGUCUGGGUGACCCCAAACUUUUGAACGGUAGUGUAAGUUUUAAUGUUGAAUGCCAGUAAGUUUUCAGACUAUUUUGAUCAAAUUAGUAUGUAAUUGUGUCAAAAAAAAAUGUCCUCUCCGAGACAGCUAAUUUUUUUCCGAUAUAAAAUAACAUAUCUAAAAUGAUUAUUUUCAUCCUGGUCAAGAUAUUGGGAAAUAAAUAUUAGAGACAGCUAACACAAAGCUUACAGCCUUAUAUUUAAAAGCACUAUGGAAGUAGUGGAUUCUGAAUUGUCAAAAAAAAAAAGUCCUCUCCGAGAAUCACUUCAUUUGUUUCUCCCAUCUUAUAGCAGAUUACACAAAACUACCAUACACAUUUAUAUUAUGUCAAAAAAUUACCUGAAAUCUGUUCUUUAACUUGUCCUUCACUUAAAAACUGGUACAAGAACCAGUUUGAAUCAGUUUGAAUUUUGGACCCCUGUGACACAAACUUUGUACCCUGAUUGUAAAACAACCCUUGUGUUUGUCUAGUCAGUCAACGCGAUUCUGAUUCAGGUUCUGAUUCCGAACCACUACGCAGUGCCUGACCCAGUACUAAACUGAGCUUCAGUCGCCUUUACUUUCACCAUCUCACUGAAGCUGCUAAAGGUACAGUGUGAUAUUUUUUUCACAUUGGACCUCUUUUUCGGAUGCCCAAUUCUAUAAACCUUCGAUCACACAGCCAUCAUCAAAAUGAGCUGUACAGAAUCUCACCAGAUGUAUUGACUCAUAGAAAUAACGUGCAGCCUCUCAGUGUGCUUGGCUUUGACCAGACUCUGAAGAGAACAACGAUGAUUUAUGGAUUAAUACCACUGGAGUUACACAAACAGCUCCUCGAUCGUGAGAACUACCAAAACCGUACAAAAGGCGUAGAAGAGCUGAAAAGCCUGCUGUCUGAGCUGGAAAUGCAAACCGUUUCCUUUGACAGUGUUGUGGAAUUCAUCUCCUUUUUGCACAAACUCCUGGAUGAUACCAACUUUAAAGUCUUGUAUGGCACUUUACAGGUCCUGAACGUCCUUGUUCAAAAGCUAGACGACAGCGUGGACCAAUAUUACAAACAGAUCGUGUACGUGGCCCUCAAAACCCUGGGGGAUACGCGCACCGUUUCACGGAACGAAUACAUGAGCGUUUUUCGGCAGCUCAUGAGGAUCGUAGGGCCACAGAAAGUUCUGGACCUUGUAACAGGACACCUGAAACACAAACACUCAAGAGUAAGAGAGGAUGUUCUCAACAUCAUUAUAGCCGCCAUGCUCGAGCACCCCAGGAAAGACUUCAACAUCCCACAUCUGUGUUUUCUGGUUGCUCCUUAUCUUGCAGAUGGAAAGAAGAGGGUUCGACAUGCAGCCCUGGAGCUCUUUGCCGUUUUCGAUUCCUGCCUCGACACGGGCAUCAAGCAGACAGUGAUAAAGGCUAUCGACAGGGUGGAGCUCAAUGGUGAUGCCGAGGGCCUUCAGGCUGCUAUACAGGCACGAAAGGCGAGGCACAUCCUUCCUCGGCUAUCUGCGGAUGGGACGGUGGAAUACGCGCUGGUUAUCCCCAAACCUGGACAGCGGCGCUCCCCCCAGUUCGGCUCUGGAGCGGAUCUGGACUGGAUCCUUUAUGGUGGGAGGAUGAACAGUGCGAGGAGUUACAAGACAGACGUGGACUCGGAAGGGCUGAGUGCCUACAACAGUCUCGGAUCUCUGACUGACGAGAUACCGUUACAGAGGAGGGUAGUGAGUGCCGGCAAGGCCAAAAACAAGCUCCCCUGGGAGAGGCUGAGCCUUCCGUGUGCAGGAAGUCGGAAGCCCUACGAUGCAGUGAAUGGAAAGUUGUUCAAUAAGUCAAGUCUUGAAGAUCUCACUUCCUCCAUGAGGCUAAAUCAGGAAACCUGUGUCACCCACUCUGGAUUAGUAGAACCGCUUCAGUCACACUCUUCUGGCCAGAGGAGAGAAACUGCAGACAGACGUCGCAGAAGUGGCAGCCUCGACUCGAACCCAGAUAUUUUCAAAGUCGCCAGCUCCAGUGACGCUGAGAAAGGUGUUCCCAGGAUGGGUCAGCUGCUCGGGUCUGGAAACCCCAAUGUGGAGCGUAUUGUUUCUCUUCCGUCCAAUACCACUCCCCCUGGCUCCUUUCUGCUGCCCUCUUACCCUCUGACCACGCUGCCAAGGGUCCAGUUAACUCCCACACUGUCCCGCAGAUGCCAGGCUGACUCCACCCUCUCAAUGUCCAACACAUGGCCCAACAAUCGAGAGAUGAGCCCACAUCGCAGGGUGCCCAGUCCAUGGAGGAAUAAUAAUGGUGAGACUGGCUCCACCAGGUGUUCUCCAAUGGACGCUUCUCAGACUUGCGUUGUGUCCUCCUCAUCAUUCCCUCAGGAUCUGAACGCAGUCCGGUCUUCACGUCCCUCUCCUGUCACACAGCUGUCUGUGCAGGAUUCAGGGAACCGGAGAGAUCUGUGCAACAGGAAUCUCCACCUCGACCUGACUGUCAUGAACCUGCAAGAACCAGAUGAGGAGCCAGUGGACAAGGAGGAGUGUGCAUUUUUACAGAUGAACUCGCAGCGCUCCUUGCAUAACACCGCAGCUAAGAAACGGGCAAAGGUGAACAUGAGCGACUCGGAGCUGGAUCCAGACAGUCCUGACUCAGCCGUUAAACUCGAGCCAAACCUGGACUCGUCCUCUCGGACGUCUCCGUCUGUGACGAGCCCAAUGAGUGAGAGCAGCCUGUCCAGCCUCUAUUCUCCUACCACUCCCACCAUCAAUGAAACCAAGAACGGCCCUGGAAACUCGACAGCAAAAACACAUAUUGCUGGAGCGCCAUCCAGGAAAAAGAAAAACCCUUCUCCUUCCUCCAUGGAAGCAAAUCCGCAAGGUGUCCAGCAGGAGGAAAAGCUUCUUUCUGAUGCAAGUGUUGGUGUCGUCGGUCAGAGAGUAUCAUACUGUCAUGGAGCAGCAGCAGAAGAGACGCCAAGAGAAGUGUCUUCACCUCCACAAGCUAGAGCUGCAGGUCGGAACCAGCCCAGAGCUUUAAGGCCUGCUAAAGGAUCUCAGAUACCCAACACGAAGGCGUCCCCUGUUAGCAACAUGUCUGAGGGAAUAGUUGGGAGAGGAGUUUUUGGCUCCAUGGUCCUUCUGAACCGUACUGAGCAGGAUGAGUCCAUAAACAAAGCCACAAGGGAGCGACCAGCUAGAGUAUAUGGCAACGCUGUCUCUGGAAGUCAUGUCGAUUCUGAUGACAGCCAUGAACCUGAUGAAGCAACGGAAAAGGUGAAGAUGCGCCAAUGUUUAUUAGAACAGCAAGAAGCCCAACCUACACCGCGAAUGAGGCGGAGACUCAGAUGUGUAAUAACUGAGAGAGCUUCAGAUGAAGCAGCAUCUCUGAAAGAACUGCAGCUGAACGGUAGCAUUUUACCCUCCGUUAAGCCCGAAACCCUCACAGGGGAAUCAUCCAUCAGCCCUACAAGUCCAGAGGGACCUCAAAAUCCACAGAAAUUUGCCUGUCCCCAUCAUCCGCUAAGCCUCUCUACAGGCCUCCCGAGCAAAUGCACACUGCCACGGCGGCGGACAGCUCCCAGUCUGAUCAGAGCACGACCAUUGCUUUUCAACAGCUCUGAUGAAAUCAUGCCAGUUACCCCAAAGAAGAGUCCCGAUGAGCAGGUGGAGUUGGAGCCCUUCUCCAGUCCAGAGCUUGCCCUCACUCAGAGCUUAGAGUUGAUUAACUCCAAUGACUGGAAGGAAAAAAUCGAGGGGCUCAUGCACCUGCGCUGUUUAGCACAGCAUCACUCGGAUGUGCUUUGUAAUAGGGUUCAUGACAUCUGCUUUGUUCUCAUUCAGGAGGUUCAGAACCUGCGCUCUGGAGUGUCCCGCAUUGCUGUGGUGACUUUAGGAGAGCUGUACUUGAGCCUGCAGAAGGGAAUGGACCAGGAGCUGGAAGUAACAGCCAAAGUUCUGCUACACAAAGCAGGAGAGACCAGUGCUUUCAUUAGGCAGGACGUGGAUGCAGCACUGGACAGCAUGGUGCAGAACUGCACACCUACACGCAGCAUGAACGCCCUACUCGCCGGAGGACUCGGUCACUUGAACGCAGUCGUAAGGAAGUGCACUGCUCAGCACUUGACGACUGUGAUUGAGAAGAUCGGCACUGGGCGCUUAUUGUCCGGAACUAAAGAUCUCACUGACCGAAUCUUACAUGCUGUUGCCAAGUUGGCACACGACGCUUCACGAGAAACCAGAUAUUUUGGCCGGCAAAUGCUGCUGUUCUUGUCAUCUCACCAUGACUUUGAUAAAAUGCUGGAAAAGUUCAUCCCUACUAAGGACGUGGCAACCAUCAGGGACACCGUCAUCAAACUGAAGUCCAAGGAACUGAAUGGGAUGUCUCCGGACAAUCCGUCAGCUCGAGGCCAGCGUGCCAGGUCUGGCCGUGGAAUGAUGCGCACCCCGUCUCUCACUCGCAAAUCUCAGUUUUCCGGCAGCAGAGACCCCAGUAAAGCUCAGCUCCACAGCUUUGCAGACAAGCUGGAGUACGUCAAGCAGCUCCGAGUCCUGCUGGCAUCAAAAGACUUCCAAGAACGCCUCAAGGGCAUCGAUCAGCUGGUGGUUGACUGUGAGGAAAACCCAUCGAUGGUCAUCUGCAACAUGGUCCCGGUGUUUGAUACGUUUAAAGAAAGGUUGGAGGAGUCCAACAGCAAAGUGAACCUCUCUGCAUUGGAGGCCUUACCAAGGAUCAUCACAUUACUUAAAGACAACAUGGCCCAAGUGGUUUAUUUCCUUUUCCCAGCUAUAGUGGACAACCACCUCAACUCGAGAAAUAACAGCAUCUACACAGCUGCAACAGCUGCCAUACAGGCUCUGAUCAAUAACAUUGACAACGCCCUACUACUUCAGCUGUUCUGCACAAAGGCACAGUUUCUCAAUGGGAAGGCGAAGCUGGACCUUGUUGACAGAGUUUCAGAGCUGGUGAGAGAACUGUACCCUCGCAGGCCACAGCUGGUUGAGAAGAAAGCGCUCCCUCUGCUCUGGCACCUCCUGGGCUCCUCCUGUAGGAGCAGCACAGUCCAUGGCAAGAGCAGCACCGUGAUAGGAGCUGCCACCAACCUGUGCCAAGCACUGCACUCUCACAUGGGCCCAAUGCUGCUACAUCGAGCUGCUUCACAACCUGCGGGCAUCUUGAAGAUCCUGAAUAAGAUUCUGCAGAGCCUCAAAGGCUGCUGAGAUGCGAAAACCUCCGCUGACAAACUACUUGAAAAUAGAGAUGUUCUCACAUUUCUCACAGUGCCUGCACUUUAAUAAUAAUAAUAAUAAUAAUAAUCAUAAUAAGUAAAAGAAUCAAACUGUUAUCACUCUGAAUGAGCAAAAAUGCUCAGAGUCCUUAAGAUUUCCUGAAUAAAAGGAAUAUAGAUUUUAUCUUCUUGUAAAUCAGGUUGAAGAUUUCCACGAGCGUUGCUUGUUUGGCACUUUGAAUUAUUCACACUAUCAUGUUGACUUUUGGUGUCUGUUGUUUUGUGAUUGUUGCUGUUAAUUUUCUCAUUGUGAGUUUUACAUAUCCUGAUAAAAUGAUGCAGAAUGUAAUUUUUGUGUCAUGUGACUUUUCUCUGAGGAGUCUUAAAUGGUUGUUUUAAACCUUUUUGUGUUUAUGAUUUACAAAUCCUUUUGUAUUGUAUAGCUGUGAAGUGUAAUGGCACAGUAUUAGCUUCAUGUAUGCGAUGAUAUAUUGCUGUGUGUGUGUGUGUGUGUGUGUGUAUGAGUAUUAGAUAAUGACUUAUUAACUGAUAUGUUGAACCUGUCCUACUCUUUUUGCAUGACCAAGUAUAGAGGUAGAGUGAAAAGAAUAUAUUUCUGGUACAAAACCAUAUAUUUUGAUGUAUACAGAAUUUAACUUGAUGUAAGCAGCCAUAUUUUUGGUGGAUGGUAAAAUACAGGCAAGACGAUACAUUUGAUGAAAGCUAGCUGGAAACUAAUAGAUAUAUUUCUAGUCUACAAAUGAAUUUAUGCCCAAGUCUGUAAUUCAGUAUAGUGCCAGUAUUUAAAUACCUUUUGGAGAGUUAAUUUAUAUUGAACAUGUUAUUUCUUAACAUGGUGUAUGGCAAAG